AACUUCACGGAUUGUAGUGAUUCUCACCGUUGAUUGUAUUUAUUUCAGGCAUAAGCUGUCGGUAAUUCUAGUGCUGAAUAGUUGUUUCAUAAAACGCGGACGCCGGAGUAUCCGAAUACAGUAGAUAUUUAAUUUCCACGGUAAAACAACUUGGGCUGUGAUGGAUGACGACGCGGAAACAUACAAACUUUGGAGGAUUCGCAAAACUGUCAUGCAGUUAAGCCACGACAGAGGCUAUCUAGUGACACAAGAUGAGUUGGACCAAACUCUGGAACAAUUCAAGGAACAGUUUGGAGAUAAACCAAGCGAAAAACGGCCAGCGAGAUCGGAUCUGAUUGUGCUUGUGGCACAUAACGAUGAUCCUACCGAUCAAAUGUUUGUUUUCUUUCCGGAUGAGCCGAAAAUUGGUAUAAAAACUAUCAAAACAUAUUGUACACGGAUGCAAGAGGAAAACAUUCAUAGAGCUAUAGUGGUAGUGCAGGCUGGAAUGACUCCAUCGGCGAAACAAUCGCUGGUUGACAUGGCGCCCAAAUACAUUUUGGAACAAUUCCUCGAGUCAGAACUUCUCAUCAAUAUUACCGAGCACGAAUUAGUUCCGGAGCAUGUGGUCAUGACUCCCGAGGAAAAGCAAGAGCUACUCGCACGUUAUAAACUGAAGGAAAACAUGUUGAUGAGAAUUCAAGCGGGAGAUCCAGUUGCUCGAUAUUUCGGUCUAAAGCGAGGACAGGUGGUUAAAAUUAUUCGACCUUCUGAGACUGCUGGGAGAUACAUUUCCUAUAGAUUAGUUUGCUAAAUAAAAGGACCGACGAAUUAAACAAAA